AUGGUACAAUUGGCCCAGGGCCGGCACCGCCAAGGUAGUGAAGGAUGGCCAAGUGCAAUACUCCUCCUCACCACCUGCAGGCAAAUCACGCACAUCUACUCCGUGGACGAGGGCCUGAUCAAGGGCCAGCCCAGCCCAGCCCAGCCUAGAGCGCCCCUCUCCAUCAACGCCGCCAUGAAUUUGCACCGGGGGUCAGAGCGUACUGUUCACCCGCGCGCAGUUCGGCUCGUGUACGACGCCAAGUUCCUCAAGUGGCUGCACGAGGCCCAGUACUUCCUCACCGACAGCGGCGUCGUCGGCGUGGCCGAGCGCGUCACUCGCAUCCAGCCGGGCUACGCUGUCGUUUCUCUCAAGGGCGCCAGCGAGGACUCGCUAUUUGCCGUCAAACAGCUGCCCGCACAGCAGUCGGACCACGUCCUGCUCAACGGGGUGUACAUUCACUUCACCCAGGAGGAGGUCGAGGUGCAUAAGGCUCUUGUGGAUGACUUGAAUGCCGGGAUCUUGGAUACAGAAAAGAUUUCCUUAGUUUGA